UUUAAUUUCGCCAUUUUCUGUUCUUGUCAAAAAAUCAUAGAAAUCGUUUCUUUUUCCUUAUGCGGAGUACGCGUCGUUGUAGUGCUCCUUAGUAAAUAUUUUCGAAACUAUUAUUUAAGAUUAAUUAAAUUUAUAUUGGCUAAUAUGCCGCCUCUUAAGCAUUAUUCGUGUAGUGAAGUAAAUCAACAUGAAUUAUCUUCGAGAUUAUUAUCUCUAACAGAAAAUAACACAUCUUAUACACUGACGCAAAUUAAUGGGCAGAGGAUCUACAGAAAGGCUCCUCACGCAUGGUCUGGGCCGGAGCCGUCUAGGAAUUGUGAGGUGUUCAUCGGCCGCAUCCCGCACGACUGCUUCGAGGAUACGCUGGUGCCUCUGUUCCGGCAGGCCGGCGAGCUGUUCGAGUUCCGGCUGAUGAUCAACUUCUCCGGUUGGAACCGCGGGUACGCAUUCGCCAUGUAUACAAACGACGCGGAGGCGAGCAACGCCAUACGGAUGUUUAACAACUACAUGAUCAGGCCUUCUUGGCAACUGGGCGUGUGUCCGUCCAUCAACAACUGCCGCAUCUUUAUCUCGCGCAUCCCGCCGACGCUGUCCUCGGCGGAGAUCGUGCGGCUGCUGUACGAGCUGACGGACGAGGUGGUCGAGGUACGCGUCCGUCGCUCGGUAGCCUCUAGCGCGGCCAUCGUGGAGUACAAGUCGCACCGCGGAGCCGCCAUGGCGCGCAAGGCGCUGGUGGCCGCCGCGGCCGCCGCGUGGGGCUCCGGCGCGCGCCCCGCCGUCGACUGGUCGCUGCCGCAGUCGCCGCAGCUGCUCAAGCAGUAUCGCGAGGUCGGCCGCUGGAGUCCCGAGCGCGGCGUGGAGUUGACGCGCGUGCCGGAGAGCGGCGCCUACUCGCCGCCCAUCGCGCCGUCCUACACGCUGGAGCCGUGGUCGCAGGCGCGCCGGCUGCGCAUGAUCCACGAGGCGACGCGCCGCCACCACGCCCAGGAGUAA